AUGGAUCUCCUGAGUAACAGAUCAACUGUUUCUGAAUUCAUCUUGUUGGGACUUUCCAGUUCUCAAGCAAUUCAGUUAUUCCUUUUCACUGUCUUCUUUAUUGUCUAUGUAGCCAUUGUGUUAGGAAACCUCAUCAUUGUGAUUUCUGUGAUAUUUGAUAACCAUCUUCACUCGCCCAUGUAUUUUUUUCUGGCAAAUUUAUCAUUUUUUGACUUAUGUCUUUCCUCUGUGGCAACUCCCAAAAUGAUUGCAGACUUCCUUAGAAAACACAAGAUCAUCUCCCUGUGGGGCUGCAUGGCCCAGAUGUUUUUUACACAUUUCUUUGGGGGUGGAGAGAUGUCUCUUCUGAUAGCUAUGGCCAUCGACAGGUAUGUUGCCAUAUGCAAACCCUUACACUACAAGACCAUCAUGAGUCGCAGGGUGCUCAUCUUGUUUCUACUGCUCUCCUGGACAAUUGGGUUCAUACAUACCAUGAGCCAGAUGGUUUUCACAGUGGGUUUACCUUUUUGUGGUCCCAAUAUUGUGGACAGCAUUUUCUGUGACCUUCCCUUGGUCAUCAGGCUUGCCUGCACUGAGACCUAUAUCCUAGAGCUCUUGGUGAUUGCAAACAGUGGACUCUUGUCCCUGAUCUGCUUCAUUGUCUUGCUCAUAUCCUAUGUUGUCAGGCUGGUCACCAUCUGGCAGCGCUCCUCCAGUGCAUCCUCCAAGGCUGUGUCCACACUCUCUGCUCACAUCACUGUGGUCACUCUUUUCUUUGGUCCCACUAUCUUCAACUAUGCUUUCCCAUUCAAUAGUUAUUCUGUAGAUAAGUUUCUCUCUGUGUUUUACUCUAUAAUCACCCCCUUCCUUAAUCCAAUUAUUUAUACACUGAGGAAUCAGGAGAUGAAGGCAGCCAUUAAGAGACUGAGCAGCCAGCAUGUUGGUUCCUGGCUCAUCCACUAA